CAAACCAAGGCCAGGGCCAAAAAGGGGCGAAGGGUUACAUUUCUGAAUUGCGUCGUCAUCCUUUCGCCCUUUAUUACAACUAUACCAGUUGCUAGUUGUUACAAUUUGCAGCUUUACCAGCAUAAACGACAACCCCACAAAGCCUGUCCUCUUCUCCCCUUCUCUUUUUCUCGUAUCAUUAUCUCAAAUAGCUGACUAAUUUCAAUAAUAAUAACACUUAAUGAACUGAGUGUUGGGAGUAUUUUUUCUGUUGUUUUUUGUUUUUGUGUUUUGGAUAGGAGGAAGUGUUGAUUUUGUGACUGAUUCAUCAUCAUGGAUGCUGAGGGAGGUGCAGAAUUUCAAGACUGGGAGGUUCUCCAGUCUGAGUCGGGUUUGGAAUCUGCUUACCCACUUCAGAAUUCCAGUGAUUUCCAAGAAAUUGAUGCUCAAUCGGAAGGUAUGAUUCAGACUGAUUACUUCUCCAUGGACCCUUUACGGAAUAGUUUUAGUACUAGGACUGUUUCUGUUGUUUCUGAUGCUAACGAGGUGGGUUCCGAGAACUCGGAUAAUCCCAGUUGGAUUGACCCCAAUUCGGAUACCCGGUACCCCAGGAAGGAUGCUGGGGGCGAGUUUUGGUCCGAUUCGAGCAGUGACCGGUCCGAUGAGCGGAAAUUUAGCGAAUUGGAGGGGAAUAAUGAGAAAAUACAAGUGGGUUUCGAUGGGAAUGAGAAGAUGCAAGUGGGGUCUGGAGGGAUUGAGGAAAUAGGUGGAGGUGUAAAUGGGAAAAGUUUGGAGAAUUUUGAGAAGCUUUUGUCUGUUUCGGGUGGGGUUGAAUUGGAUUCUGUGAAAGUUGGGGAGGAGGUCGUUGAGGUGGAUGGCGAAUCGAGUUGUGAGGAAAACGCUAAUUCAGUGGCUUUAGUGGAGGAAAAGAAUGAAAAGGGGUCGACUGAUGCAGGUGUGAAAAAUGAAGGUGCUGAGGGUGUUGAAAUUGAAGCUAGGACAGAGGUGGAAGCCGAGGAGGAGAAGAAAAAGGCUGUUGUGUGGUGGAAGGUUCCAAUUGAGUUCUUGAAGUACUGUGUUUUUAGAGCCAGUCCUGUUUGGACUUUCUCCGUAGCUGCUGCUGUGAUGGGGUUUGUUAUUUUAGGAAGAAGGUUGUAUAAGAUGAAGAAGAAGAACCGUGGCUUAGAAAUGAAGGUCACCAUGGAUGACAAGAAGAUCUCUCAGUUUAUGAGCCGGGCUGCACGCCUUAAUGAAGCUUUCUCAGUAGUGAAGCGCGUCCCCAUGGUUCGGCCAUCACUUCCAGCUGUUGGGGUCACACCAUGGCCUGUUAUGAGUCUGAGAUGAGAUAGCUGUGUGUGUAUAUGUAGAAUGAGAUGAGGAGCAGUGUCUGCAUGCCAAGUCUAUUUUCAUGUUUUGGUUUGUAAAAGCUGUCUUUAAGCAUCAUAUGUGUGAAGGAACAUUUGACACACUGAGCAGUCUUUUAAGGUCUCUGUAUCAUUUAAUGAUCUGUAUAAACUUUCUCAUGUUAGCUGUCUCUCAAACAUAAAUUUGUAUCUACUAUGUCUUUUGUAUCUC